AUACGUCCUCCUAUUGUGAAUGGCCCAAUGCCAGCACGGCCACUGGUUGCACUCCUGGAUGGACGAGAUUGCACUGUGGAGAUGCCCAUUUUGAAGGAUGUUGCUACAGUGGCAUUUUGUGAUGCUCAGUCAACUCAGGAAAUCCAUGAAAAGGUGCUGAAUGAGGCAGUAGGAGCUCUGAUGUAUCACACCAUUACCCUUUCUCGUCAGGAUCUGGAGAAAUUCAAAGCCCUCAGGGUCAUUGUGCGUAUUGGCAGUGGCUAUGACAAUGUUGACAUCAAAUCCGCUGCAGAAUUAGGCAUUGCAGUUUGCAACAUCCCUUCUUCCUCAGUAGAGGAGACUGCUGACUCCACCCUCUGCCACAUCUUGAACCUCUAUCGCCGUGUUACUUGGCUACAUCAGGCUAUGCGGGAAGGGAAUCGAGCCUCAAGUGUAGAACAGAUUCGAGAGGUGGCUGGAGGCGCUGUGCGUAUCCGUGGGGAGACUUUGGGCAUCAUUGGACUAGGCCGAGUUGGACAGGCAGUGGCUCUGCGAGCCAAGUCCUUUGGCUUCAACGUGAUUUUCUAUGAUCCCUAUCUGCCGGAUGGAGUGGAGCGAUCCUUGGGUUUACAACGAGUAGGAACCCUGCAGGAUCUACUAAUGCACAGCGAUUGCAUCACAUUGCACUGCAGCCUGAAUGAACAUAACCAUCACCUCAUCAAUGACUUCACUAUUAAACAGAUGCGCCAGGGCUGCUUCUUAGUGAACACAGCCCGGGGAGGGCUGGUAGAUGAGAAAGCCUUAGCACAAGCCUUGAAAGAGGGGAGAAUCAGAGGAACAGCAUUGGAUGUGCAUGAGUCUGAGCCUUUCAGCUUUGCUCAGGGGCCCUUAAAAGAUGCACCCAAUGUGAUCUGCACCCCUCACACUGCCUGGUACAGUGAGCAGGCUUCCAUUGAAUCCAGAGAAGAUGCAGCCAAAGAGAUCCGCAGAGCUAUUACAGGUCACAUACCUGAUGCUUUGAGGAACUGUGUUAAUAAGGAGUACUUGCUGUUAGCAGCUCAGUGGUCCAGUAUUGAUCCUGCAACUGUCCACCCAGAACUCAACGGAGCUGCAGCUUACAGGUUUCCUCCAGGAGUAGUGGGAGUAGCCACCCCUGGGCUACCAGAACCGCCAGUAGUGGAAGGAAUUGUAGCUCAUGGGAUCCCUUCUGUUUCUCACUCUGCACCGCGUACCCCUUCCCCAGGAGAGACAAGCAAACUGGAUGCAGACAGAGAGAUUCCGGCUGACCAAUAGCAGCAUCUUUUGCUCCUCUGGCAGCAGAAAAAAGGAGGGUAUCUCCUCCUAGGACCUUCUUUAACACCCUACAGAGACUGUUUCCUGUUCAUACAGGAUGGGAGAAUGCAUUUCAUUACCGGCAAACUUUAGUUCUUGCCUUUAUUUUGUAACCCUUUAGUUUUAAUCUCUCAAUGAAUCUUUCUCCUUCUCUGGGGCAAGGCAGCAGUCACCUUGUCUCCCCUCAGAAAUACUUGGUUUAACCAAUGAUUUUUCCCAUAUAUCUGCUUCGGUUGUCUGUGACAGGGAACUGU